AUGGGUAAUAAUCAGGUGUUCGCUGUCACUGUGUUUUUUAUUUGCUUUCGAGAAUGUCUCGAGACGACAGUGGUUGUGUCAGUCCUGUUGGCCUUCUUGAAACAAACGCUCUACGAGACAGAUCGCCCGACGUAUAAAAAAUUAGUGAAACAAGUCUGGCUAGGAUGCGGAUUAGGGCUAUUCAUCUGCAUUGCAGUCGGAGCGGGGAUGAUUGGUGCUUUUUAUGGCCUCGGAACCGACACUUUCUCUAGCACAGAGGAUAUCUGGGAGGGCGUCCUAGGAAUCGUUGCUGCGAUCAUUAUCACUAUCAUGGGUGCUGCCCUUCUGCGCGUUUCGAAACUGCAAGAUAAAUGGCGCGUUAAGCUCGCCAAGGCUCUCGAACACGAGCACGAUCCUAAUGAGACGAAGAAGGGUCGUGUUAAGAGAUGGUUGGAGAAAUACGCUAUGUUCAUUCUUCCAUUUAUCACGGUUCUACGUGAGGGUCUCGAGGCCGUUGUCUAUGUUGGUGGCGUUGGAUUAGGUCUUCCUGCCUCUUCCUUUCCCUUGGCCGUCUUCUGCGGCCUUUUGGCUGGUUUUGUAGUGGGCUAUAUUAUCUACCGAGGCGGACAGCAGACUUCGAUGCAGAUAUUCUUGAUUAUUUCCACUUGCUUCCUGUAUCUCGUUGCCGCCGGCCUAUUCUCGCGUGGUGUCUGGUUCUUGGAGAACAACACCUGGAACCACAUUAUCGGAGGCGACGCGGCGGAGACUGGCUCUGGCCCCGGGUCCUACGACAUCCGACAGAGUGUCUGGCACGUCAAUUGCUGUAACCCACUGAUAGGAGGUGGCGGCGGUUGGGGCAUUUUCAACGCGCUUUUUGGUUGGACCAAUUCCGCUGACUAUGGCUCUGUGAUUGCUUACAACUUGUACUGGGUCAGUGUCAUGGUUGCCUAUGGGCUGAUGUACUACCGUGAGAAGCGCGGACCUAUCCCUAUCAUUGAUCCAGCUAUCAAUGGCGUCAUAAGAGCCAAGGCUAGGGCUAGAGCUUUUAUUCUGCGCCGUCCAUAUGAAGAUCCGGUAGCACCUGUGGAGACAGCAGUUCCCGUUACGGAGAAGCAUGCAGGGACUGGUGUUUUGGCUCUCUAG